AUGUCACAAGAACAUAGUUCAACAAAUGAUAGUAAUUCAUCAAUGAAUGAAUUUUCACCAUCAUCACCACCACCACCACAAUCACAAUCACAAUCACAACAGCCAAGAAAUUCUCUUCAAUAUGAUUAUGAACAAGAUCAACGAUUAAAUUCAAUGAAAUUUGAAAAAAUAAUUUAUGAUUCAGCACCUAUUGCACGUAAUACAAUCGAAAAUAAUCGAGUGAGAAUUGUUAAUUAUCGUGGUAUUAAAUUAACAUCAUUUAAUGUUGAUGGUCGUCAAUUAUUAUGUUUACCACAAGCAUUUGAUUUUUUUCUUAAAAAUUUAGUUGGUGGUUUACAUACAGUUUAUACAAAAUUAAAACGUUUAGAAAUUAUUCCAAUUGUAUGUAAUGUUGAACAAGUUAGAAUUUUACGUAGUCUUGGUGCUAUACAACCAGGUGUUAAUCGAUGUAAACUUCUUGCACCAAAUGAAUUCGAUAUUCUAUAUGAUGAUUGUACGAAUUCAGGUUCACGACCAGGUCGACCACCAAAACGUAAUUCUUCCUUUCAAACAGAUGAUUAUACCGAUGAAAAACGUUUAAAAUUUGCAUCAAAUUUAUUACUUCAUUCAUUUUCGGAUUAUAAUAAAUAUCCUAUUCAUUCAAACAAUAAUAAUUAUCUAUCAAAUUCAUCUUCAACAAAUGGAAAUCAUUUAUUUUUAUAUAAUACAUCAGCAUUUACUCCAACAUUAUUACAUUCUCAUCAGUCAAAUAAUAUUCGAUCAUCAACAACGACAACAACAACAACACAUCAAUCGAUUUCUUCUAAUCAAUCACGCUCUUUUACUAUUGAUGCAAUGCUUAGUAAUAAUCGAGAUCGUUUAACAAAACCUAUUGAUCUAUCAAUGACGACUAUCGACCAAGCAUCAUCAAUAUUAUCUGCACCCACACCACCGCCACAACCAUCAACAACAGCAGCAGCGUCUGUAAAUUUUUUUCAUAUAAAAAAUAUGAUAGAAUUAACAAUAGAAAAUGCUCGUCUACGUGAAAAACAACUUGAAACUGAAAUUACUGAUCUUAAAACUGAAAUAACAAAAGAACAAGAUUGUAGACAAAAACUUGAACAAGAUUUUCUUCAAUUACAACGUGUUCGAAAUAUUCUAAUCAAGAAAUUAAAACGUCUUAAUCGAUCAAAUGGUUGUUCGAAUAGUAAAACUAAUCUACUAGAUAAAUCACCAUCGAAUAAUACAAUACAAAUUGAAUCAAUUUAA